UCUGUGUCUGUGCAGCACAGUUACAGGGUGGGCCCAGUGGGAAAAGGGUUUCCUUUCGCCUCAAACUACUCACUUACAUCUGAAGUCCAUUUGUUUAACCCCCCUCCCCCAUCACCCUGUUUUCCUUAUGUAACACAAUGAGCGGGUUUGGAGUUUGGAUUCUUGUCCACACAGACGCUCGGCUUCUCCUGUCCUGAGAGUACAUUUCUCCACAGUUUCAGGGAUUUAAGAGUUAAUCCAUGGGGAGCAUCUCAGGACUUUCUUUUCUUCUUCUUCUGGUCGUGAGUGUGUCCCUCCUGACAAAUCCCAGUGUCCAUGGUGGAAAGAUCUUGGUUUUCCCGGUGGAUGGCAGCCACUGGGUCAACAUGAACCUGCUGAUCCAGAGCCUCCACACCAGGGGCCAUGAGGUCACUGUGGUCCGCACAGCCACAAGCUGGUACGUCAAAGAGAAUGCGCCUCAUUACCGCUCCAUCACUGUCACCCUGCCAGAGGCCAUCAGCAUAGAGGAGCAAGACUUUUUUGUCACUUUUCUGGUCAAGAUGCUGGCGAUCCAGAAGGAGGGGGCGUCUCUAAUCAGCUUUGUGAACUUCUACUGGGAGAUGCUCAGUGCGCUGUCAAAAAUUCACCAACAGGCCAGCCUGUUGGGUGUAGAAAUAUUUGAGAACAAGACUCUAAUGCAGAGUAUUCGUGAUAUGCAUUUUGACAUGGUUCUUCUGGACCCGGGAUUGCCAGUAGGGGUUCUGGUGGCCCAUGAACUUAAGCUGCCGACUGUUUUUAACGUGAGAUGGAUCACCAGUGGAGAAGGGCAUUUUGUGGUCGCUCCAUCUCCCACAUCCUAUGUCCCAACUUCAGGAUAUGCCGCAUCGGAUAAGAUGACCUUUGUGCAAAGAAUCAGAAAUACAUUCCACUAUGUGCUCAACAUGUGCAUUGAUAAGUUUAUAGUAUGCCCUCACUAUGAUAGGCUGGUGGACAGGUACUUCGGUCCAGAUGUCAACUUCUAUCACCUCCUACAAGGGGCAGACAUCUGGCUCAUGAGGGUGGACUUUGUCUUUGAAUUCCCCAGACCCACCAUGCCAAACAUCGUUUACAUUGGUGGUUUUCAGUGUAAGCCUUCUGCGCCUUUAUCAUCAGAACUGGAGGAGUUUGUUCAAAGUUCAGGAGAGCAUGGGUUCAUCCUGAUGUCUCUAGGUACACUGGUUAGAGGUCUACCUGUAGAAAUCACUUCCGAAAUCGCUGCUGCUUUUGCCCAAAUUCCUCAAAAGGUCAUAUGGAGGCAUGCUGGUGAGCGCCCCAACAAUCUGGGCAACAAUACCCUCCUGGUGAAGUGGAUGCCCCAGAACGACCUCUUGGGUCAUCCAAAGAUCAAAGCCUUUGUCGCCCAUGGUGGUACAAAUGGGAUCUAUGAGUCCAUCUACCAUGGAGUGCCGAUCAUAGGCAUUCCUCUUCUGUUCGAUCAGUUUGAGAAUGUUUUGAGAUUGGAAACACGGGGAGCUGCUAAGGUGGUGGAUGCGACCGAACUCACCCGCCAGAACUUUCUAGAAGCGAUACAGGAAGUUCUUCACAAUCCCUCCUAUAGAAACAACAUGAAACAUCUCUCUGAUCUUCACCGGGAUAAACCAAUGCAUCCUUUGGAAACUGCACUUUUCUGGAUUGAGUUUGUUAUGAGGCACAACGGUGCUUCACAUUUACGCACUGAGUCUUAUAAGAUGCCCCGGUAUGCCUAUUAUUCUGUGGAUGUUAUAUGCUUCUUGUUAGCAAUCCUGUUGUUGCUGACAGCAACUGUGGUGGGAUCAAUACGAUUCCUGUGCUUUCAACUGUGCAGGAGAAGAAAACCCAAGCAGGAGUAGUCACUGAGUCAAUUAUUAAGGAUAAAGCUGACGCUAAUCUAUAUUUUUCUUAUUGUCAACAAACCCAAAACAAAGAAAAAGCAACAAUUAGCUGGCCCCACUAACAAGUAUGUAUACCCAGAACCUGAUAUAUCUUAUUCCUCUGAGCCAGAGGGCUCCAUUGUUGUCAAAAAACUAACUCUGUAGUUUAUUUUGUAUCACUCCCACGCAUGACUUCCUGCUGUCCAAAGACUCACAAGAACACCAAAUGUGUAUUAAUUCACUGCUGAAAAUAGUCCCCAACAAAUGCACUAUUCUCUCCUGUUUGAGGAACUGAAAACUGCAGAGCCCAGCUGUUUUAGGAAAUCACUGAGCCAGAAAAUAUUUACAGAUGGACUAAUGCAUUGCUGGUUUUUAUGUGCACCAGCGUUACCCUUCAACUGAUUCAGCUUCACACAAGAAAAAUGUGACUAAGCUGAAGCUAUCUGAUAUUUUGGGACAAACUCUUCACUAUUGCAUACAUACAGCCAACGUGCUUUGAUUUUUUUUUUUACAGAGAAAGAGAUGUACAGAGAGUUGUGUGGCUGCACUUACUUCCAACACUAUAACAGCAAAAUAUUUUUAGUUGCAUUCACAGUAUUUUAAAAUGUAUUUAAAUUUUAUAAUCAAGUCAAUUGCGUUGUGCAAAUAUGAAAUUCAACAAGGUAUAAAAAAUACACAUAUCUGCCUUAUUCCAUGUUUCUUUAAUAAGAAUUGACAAAAUGAAUGUCUAUUAUACCUAUACAAAUUUGUAUUUUUGAUGAAAAUAAAAAGGUAAGAAAAUUG